GCGGUUCCCACGGAGCCGGGCACGCCCACUCCCUCGUCUGGGAACAAAUGAAAAAGGAAAACAGCUUGGAAAGUCCCCCGUGGCGCGGUGAUGCAAGUGCGUGUAAGGAGACGUGAGGACGCACGCAUGCGAAAGAGAAAGCAUAUAACUGCUAGUGGGCUCCUUUUGGAUUCUGAAAAUCACAUUGUAUUUUGCUUCCAUUGGGUUGGUCUCCUGAACUUUUAAGCACCAUGCAGCGGAGGUCAAGAGGAAUCCAUCAAGGCCUGCUUUUACUUUUUUUUCAAAUCAUGCAGGUUGGGAUCACCAAUAUCCCCCCUGUCACUCUGGCAUGUAUAGGCCUCAACAUCUGGCUUUUCCUCAACCCCCUGAAGCCCUCCAACUGGCUCUGCCUAAGUGUGGAAUCAUGUUAUAAGGGAAAAGAUUGGCAGCGCCUGCUGCUUUCUCCUUUCCACCAUGCAGAUGACUGGCAUUUAUAUUUCAACAUGGUGUCCAUGCUGUGGAAAGGGCUAACACUGGAAAGACGACUGGGAAGUAUUUGGUUUGCCUACAUCAUCGCGGUCUUCUCCAUGCUCACUGGUGUGGUAUACUUGGCAUUAGAAUAUACUGUUGCAGAACUUCUAGAUCAACCUGCCUUCAAAUUAUAUUGUGCUAUCGGUUUCUCAGGAGUCCUGUUUGCCUUGAAGGUUCUUAACAACAGUUAUAACCCUGGAGGACACACGAAUGUUAUGGGCAUGUACAUACCCAACAAGUAUGCCUGUUGGGUAGAACUGGUGAUGAUUCAUUUGCUGUCUCCAAACGCUUCCUUUGCUGGGCAUCUGGCUGGGAUUAUCGUCGGACUCAUGUACACUCUGGGGCCUCUGAAGAGGAUCAUGGAAGCAUGUGCAGGCAUAUUUUCCUUCAACACCCAUUACCCAAGACAACAAUAUUACUUUAAUAAUACAGGAUAUGGUGGCUAUCAAGAGGACGUAUUUGACAGGCAGCCUUACCAAGAUGUCCCAAGGAACUAUGACAUCUAUACCGCAGGGCUUACUGAGGAGGAGCAGCUGGAAAGAGCUCUCAGAAACAGCCUCCGUGACCGAGGAAUUGCUGUUGAAGAACCGACAAGACUGGCCUCCUGCCACAAGUUGGUGUUAACAGUGGUCCCCCACCCUAUGGAUUCAGUCUUCCUCCAGAAGAUGAAAUGAGAAGGCAAAGACUCAACAGAUUUGACCGUCACUGAAAUCCAGCAUCUUGUGAAUCAUCAGUCCAGUUUCCCGAGUGUAAACCACCAGAUUCAUUCCAGAAGCCUCUGGUUUGCUCUGAGGAAAACCAAAGCACUCUCCUUGAAGCGCUCCCCCAGCCUGAGUGACUCAUUCAACAGACCUUGCAAGUUCGGAGUCACAUGCCCACUGGCAGCUUUGUGAAAAGGACCUCACAAGAGUACCACCUUUCUUGUUGGAUGCCCCCACUGCCAUUGUGGAAGGAUCUUAGAGUUUGGGACCUUCCAUCCCAAAUUUCAUUUUCUCCCAUUCAGGAAGAUCAUUCCUUCAUUCUGGAUGGUGGAUAUGAUCCUAGAAGUGGCGAGAGGUAUGGCUCCAUCCUCGUCUUCCUGGCAGGCCACCUUAGUGACUCUGGUGGAACCGCCUUGACUACAGACCUCUCCGGGCAUCUUUGGAUGGGUGUGAUGUUCACAUUUUAGUUCCUUUGUGUGUGUGUUGCCAUUGUUUAAACAUCUCAGGAAGAACUUGAGGACAGAGAUACACAUAUUAACCAUUAUGAGAGACCAGCAUUUUGUAUCUGUCAGCUUUGCCUCAAGUAUAAAUCUCUGUAAGUUAUCUGAAUGCCCUCAGGGAACUUAAGAGUUGAAAAGUCCUUUUUAGAGCAAGUGAUAUCUUGUAAAAUUAAAAGACUUCCAAUUUGGUUACCAUAA